CCCUAUUCCAGAAACCCCGACUUGUUGUGUGACAGUUACGAGUGAUUGAAACCAGUAUGUUUUGUAUAAUGUGCAAUUCUGGUUUAUGUUAUAAAUGUUAAUAAAUUAAUUUUUUUUUAUAAAUUUACUAUUUAAUUAAAAAAAAAGAGAAAAAAAAUGUGUUUUAUUUCUUGUGCCAUAUUUAGUGCGUGUGUGCAUUGAAAAUACUCCAUGGCAGUAUUAGCAGCAGCAGACGAUGGCAAUGAGUGUAAGGCGCGAGCGCGCCACUUUAUCAUAAUCCAACACAGCUGAAUUCAGUUCACUUUCGGCCACACACAUAACCGGCCUCAUGUGUUUUUCUUUGUUUAUUGCUAUUUUUUAAUCGCGAAAUAAACGUUUAUUUCAAAUUAACACUUGUAAAUUAUCUCAUUUCUCCCGCAUUGUGACUAUUUUGUUUUUUUUUUUGUUUUUUUAUUGUGUGUGGUUAUUUGCUUUAUAGUGCAUACUACUUUGUAGUAUAGGAACAUUAGGAAAAAUGGAUAACAAUGUUAGUCAUUAUUUAGAUGCUCGGUAGAAUGUUAAAUUGAAGAAUAAGAAGAAAAAAAGAAGGCAGGCUGCAAUAAAGUAUAGUCGGUGUGUGUUUGUGUGAGUGCGUGCGCGUCUGUUAUGUGGCUGAGGGCUUGAGUGUAUUGUGUGUGCGCGCCUAUAUGAGAGGGAUAUAGAGGAGAAAAAAAAGAGAGGUCUUUUUCCAAUCGAAAAGGGUUUUUUUUUUCUUUCGCUUAAUGUUUCACUUGCUGUGGAAUAUUUGUUUCAUCGAGCUUGUGUUUUCUUCGUAGGAACGAGGGGUUUUUUUUUUUUUUUCUUUCAAACACUAUAUAGAAAAAGAGAAGAGGAUCUCCUCUCUUUUGCCGGGAAAAAGAAAGAGGAAUGCCGCUGUGACACACGCUCAAGAUAAACGGAGAGACCCAAAGCAGUUUGGGGGGGCCUAAAAUACUGCACAUACAAGCCAAGUUCUCCAGCAUUGAAAAUAUGCCACGAGUUCGAAGGCAUGUGGCCCUGGAAGAUCCUUCUAGACCUGUCACACCUGACAUGAUACAAACAAAAUUAGUAAAAUCUGAAUUUAUUGAUGAUGAAUCAUUGGGUGAAGUUCAGUCACAAAAGUUGGCAGAAGAAACGCCAAGUCCACAUCUACAGGAUCAUCAAUAUGGACAAACACCUUGUUAUCAAAUGACAAGAAGGCCUGCACAGCCACCACCUCGGACGGAGAUGUCAGUACAAGCAGUUAAACGAAGACUUAAUUUAGAAAUGGGAACCACAACUCCCAAUCAUUCUGCAUUUAAAACUCCUCGGGGUAAACGCAGGCGAACUGGUUCUAAUUCAUUAGGUGGACACACGCCAACUAAAAGUAAAACUAUAGAGAGGACGCGAUACGACACAUCACUAAGUUUACUUACCAAAAAAUUUAUAAAUCUAGUUGAGAGUAGUCCCGAUGGGGUGGUUGAUUUAAAUAUUGCUUCCGAAAAAUUGGAAGUUCAAAAGCGUCGUAUUUAUGACAUCACAAACGUAUUAGAGGGUAUAGGAAUUUUAGAGAAAAAAAGUAAAAACAAUAUUCAAUGGAAAGGUGGGCAGCUUCCUGGUGAAAAAAACGAUGUAAUAGAUUUGAGGAAGGAAAUUGAUGAUCUAGAAGCUAAAGAAAAUGCUCUGGAUCGAUUAAUACAUGGAGCUGAGAAAACCCUUAGAGAACUAGGUGUCGAGAAGCAAUUUGCUUAUGUGACGUAUCACGACUUGAGAUCCGUUUCUGCGUAUAAGGAUCAAGCAAUUAUGGCUGUCAAAGCACCACCGGAAGCAACUCUUCAUGUUCCAAAACCAAUUCCUAAUUAUGGACCACCCAAGCUUCAAAUACACAUGCGAUCUACGCAAGGUGAAAUUGAAGUGUUUUUGUGUCCCGACGAACCUGUACCGAAACCACCUGUGGCUCUUGCAUCUACAAAUCAAGCGACAACAUCGUCAUCAUCAACGUCUAAAACAAGGACCUCGUCACAAUUUCCUGUAUCAAAUUUGUCACAUUAUUCGACAGGUUUAUUAGCCAAUAACGGAGAUAUUAAGAUUGAACCAUCACUACUCUCACCAAGCAACAUUAAACAUGAAAGCAAUUUAACACCUCCUUCCUCGUCUGCUGGCAUGAGAGACGCUCUUCUUGGUGAAUUGAAUGAAUUCAAUCUUGUGCCACGAAAAGUAUAUAAUCUCCAAUCUGAGGACCAGAAUCAACCUUUAGAAAUGAACUUACUCGAUUUUGAAGAUCCUUUACUGCCAUUGGAGGCACCGUUUGAAUAUCCCUUCACGUUAGGUACAGAAGAAGGUCUAUCGGAUCUCUUUGAUUUUGAAUUGUAAACAUUUGCAGGAAUAAUAAAAAUACGUUUAAUUUCCUUCGAGUUUAUAUCCAGGGAAUUUGACGCGCUGUAAACACUUGUAAUAACGAUUUUGUACUUACCGGAAACACUGAAAACAGUUUCUAUUACGUCACUCUCUUUAUCUCUCUCUCUCUCUCUCUCUAGCAUAAUUACGUCCGAGUGUUAAAUAAUUAAAAUUUUAGUAGUCAUCAAAAAUUAAAUAGUAUAAUAAAUACUUUUUGAUUUAAUAAUUAAUUCAUAUUUUUAAACCUUAAAAAUUAGUAAUCUAUAUUUUAAAAUGGAAAUUUUUAUUUAAAAAAUUUACUCCAAGCCGAGUUUUGAAAUAGCAUGUUUUUUUUGUUAUUGUUAGAAAAAAAUUUUCUAUAUUUAAUGAAAUUUAGAAAAAUGAUAGGAAUCAAAUAAAGGAAGAUUGAUUUAAGAAAAAAAAAAGUUUUUAAUGAAAAAGAAAAACUAGAAAAAAAGUGUUUUUUUUUGUAAAGUGUUUUGUUUUAAAGUUUAAAUAAUAUUUUUAAAAUUACACAUUAAAUAGAAAAUCUUUAAUUACUUUAAUUUGAAGAUUUGAAGAUUUGUAUUUUAAUCUUAGUACAAUAGGAAAAAAAAGACGUAAUUGCUGAGAAUAGUCAUUGUUUCUUGGUAAUAAAAAAAAGUAACAUGAAAGACAUAUCACGUUACUUUAUUACUAAUAUGAAAAUUGGCGCUCGAAUCCUCUAGGAUUUUCUCGUUGCGAACGUUUCAAUUUUUUUCUCGGUGCAAUUUUUAUGUAAUUUUUCUUACAACGUUCGCCAGUUAAAUUUGUCAUCGCGUCUCAGAAUUAAAAAAAAAAAAACAA